CGUACAUCAACAAACUCAGGACAGACAAUAAGCCUAUUUCAUUGUUUUUUUUUAUUUUUUAUUUUUUAUUUUGUGCUUCUGGACCAACAUGGCGAACAAAGACUCGUCAAGUCAUCACGGCAGCAGCAGCAGCAACGGCAGCAAUAGUAGUAGCGGGAAACAGGACCCUCCAGAAGUGGUCGAGUUCCAAAAGGAGCUCUAUGGUCUAUUUGAUUCACGAAAUCCAUCUGCGUCAAAGAUUGACCGGUUGACAAAGAUGGCUAUCAAAUCGGCCCGAUACUACAAAAAUGUUGUUUACUGUCUCGAGAAGUUUAUUACUCGGUGUGUGCCCGAGUACAAGCUCACAGGCUUGUAUGUGCUUGACUCUAUCUGUCGAGCCUCACAAUCGAUCAAGACAAAAGCAUCAUCUUCGGGUUCUGCUUCUUCAGGAUCAUCCUUCACAGGUGCUGAAUAUGUAGCACGAUUUGAGAAAAAUAUCGAGGCGCUCUUUGCGGAAUUUUGCAAAGUCCAGGAGGAUAAAGAAAAGGAGAAAGUAAAACGUGUUGUGGAAAUCUGGGAGCGCUCAGGAACAUUUACGUCGACAGUGAUAGAGAGUAUCAAAAAGAAGUAUUUCCCGCUUCUAGAUGGAUCAAACGCAGCUCAAACAGGCUCGUCUUCCACAUCGCAAGUGGUUAACACUGCACAAUCCCAACCAUCAGCAGGCAGCGAUAUGACAGAAAAGACUGCAUCAUUCAUCUCAUCUCUCGCAGCAUCCCUGGCCCAGACUCCUACAUCAUCUGAGCCAUCCACGCCUUCCUAUGUCCCUUUAGCAACAACAGCAACUGAUGCUUCUGCCUCGACAACCAUGCCGAUCAGUUAUGGUGCAGCGUAUACACAGCCCGCGAUACUACCCACUACUGAGCAGCCACCCUCAUCCAAAAACCCCUUACUUGCCGGCAUCUCUGACCCUUCAUCUGCUCUGGCUUUGCAGACCUUAUUGGCGACAGUUUCGCAAGUCAAGGCUGCAUCUGCAUCUGCAUCUGGAACGUCAACAUCGAUCCCGGAAGCUGGAGCCGUUCCACAUCAAACAUACCCUUCCUUAACAACGGCGGCAACAACAGCCACCUCAUCCGUAGUCGCACAAACUCCUAUUUUCCAAGCGCCGGCCCACGAGCUCCCACCGGUUCUACAGCAACUUCAGGGGGUGUUAUUGAAUAGCAAUCAGAAUGGCACCUUUCUCUCAAAUAAUAAUACUAUGGUUUCAAGCACUAUUCCAUCUGCAUAUAGUAUGCAUACUGAUGUUCAACAAAAGGGUGGCAGCUUCAACGAAGGGAGUAGCAACAGCAGCGUUAGUGCUGCUAUUACAACUACGUCUUCGGGUGUACGAGACCCUCGCAUUGACCCUCGUUUGGCAUACCAAAAUGCACAGCAAAAUGCACAGCCACAGCCAAAUGCACAGCCACCAAUUAUGAUGCCCCACUUUGGCUUAUCUAGCCAUGUACCAUCGACGUCGUCGGCGCCAGCGUCGGCGUCGUCAUCAUCAUCGUUAUCAUCAUCGUCGUCUGCGGCGCCAUCCUCCAAUAUACCUAAUCACUAUGGACAAGAGUUUGAUGUCAACGCUAUGGCUCACCUAGCAUUUCUGAAUGCCAACAAGAAUGCAUCACUUCUACAGGCAGGUCAUUUGCCAUUAGGUUCGACGACAUCUUUACCUUUACCCCCCUUUCCGCCUUUUCCAUUACCGGGUCAGUUCCCCCUGCCUCGACUUCAAGAUGAUGGAUCAUCAUCAUCUACGCAAGGACCCAUGGAUCGCGUCAGCCACCUACAAUCAUACCAUGGUGGUCCUGGCAUUAAUAACAUUAGUGGUACCAAUAAUUUUCCCGGCCUGCCAAAUCGGCCACAGCCUUUUAUUGAUACCAAUGGUGGUCCUUCUCAGCAUCCAACAGACAGAUUCCAAUCUAAUCCACCUAGAGCUCCCAUAGUCGUUAAGGAGGACCCAUCUGUUGGACCGGAUCAAAUUCGAGUUAUCAGUCGAACUCUAUGGGUAGGUGGCACAUUUGUGCCUACGAUUUCGGAGACUGAAUUAGAGGCGAUCUUUGCGGCCAAAGGCAAAAUUGCGACCUUGAUGGUGAACCAUGCGAAAUUUAACGCGUUUAUCAAGAUGGCGGAUCGAGCCCAUGCAGAACGAUGCAAGGCUGAGCUAGAUCGGACGACUGUACAGGGAGAGGUGAUGAAGGUUGGAUGGGGUUGUGGAUUUGGUCCUCGAGAUUGCUUUGAUUAUACUUCAGGGGCCAGUCUUAUUCCAUUAGAACGAUUGACGGAUACAGAUCGUCGAUGGUUGAGCAACAGUGUCAUCGGAGGUUUUGGACCACAUGAGCCAAUCCGUGGAGGUGUUACGAUUCUGGAGCCAAAUAUUGAGGCAGUCUCGGCGGAUGGUCGUGAAGCAUUACCAAGAAAGGGUGGCGGAGGAGGAGGUGCUGGUGCUGGUGUGGGUCGUGGAGGUCGAGGUGGAGGUCGAGGAGGAGGUGAUGGAUUUACAGAAGGCCGUGGACGUGGAGGAGCUGAUGGUAUGGGUAGUCGUGGGGGUCGUGGGGGUCGUGGAGGAGGUAAUGUGGGUGGAGGUAUGGGUCGUGGAGGCCGUGGGUUUAAUGAUCAUGCAUCUACUUUUGAACAACGAUUGCAUCCACUUCCAAAUCGUCCUCAUGGAGGAUUCUCGCAAGACCAAGCAGAGCAAGGACCUGGGAAGCGUGAGCUCGGACAGAGUCAAGAUUCAUCAUUCCAUGCUUCUUUCCCUGGGGUAAAUCAGCAACAGCAACAGCAACAGCAACAGCAACAGCAACAGCAUGGGCAUGAAGAAGAGAAUAGACGGAAUAAGAAGUCGCGCUGGGAAUGAGCAAUGGCUUUUUUUCAAUGUUGAAAUAAAAAAAUUGUAGUAGUC